AUGGUCGAUUUCAACGCUUCAGUCCAAAAUGUCAAGAGUCCCAGUGCUCUGGCCCACGUCUUCCUACGGACAAACAAUUUCACCAAGAUGGUGGACUUUUACAAGGAAUUUCUCGGUGGAAGCGCAGCCUUCGAAAGCGAUCACAUAUGUUUCAUCUCAUAUGACUUUGAACAUCACCGCAUUGCCAUCGCCACCAUCCCAGACACAACCCCGAAGAAGGCCAAUAGCUGUGGACUGGAGCACAUCGCUUUUACUUUCGAUAGCCUUUCGGAUCUUGCUCUGGCGUAUCGUCAGAGGAAACAACUGAAUAUGAAACCGUUCUGGAGUGUCAACCACGGACCUACUACCUCAAUCUACUAUUAUGAUCCCGAUGGAAAUCAGAUAGAAACACAGGUCGACAAUUUUGAUACACCGGAGGAAGCCACAACUUACAUGUUAUCCGAAGAGUUUGCUGUGAACCCAAUCGGCACGGAUUUUGAUCCCGAGGAUCUUGUCGCGCGAUUGGAAUCUGGAGAAUCCGAGGCUUCUAUCAAGAAGCGGAUUGAUUGUGGCCCUAGGGGUACACCAGACUACAUUCUCAAUCCUGGAAAAUAG